GGUUGUGGUUGGACACUGUGAUCUUUAAGGUCUUUUCCAACCCGAGCAACUCUAUGAUCCUGUGGUUCUGUCCCUUCACAAUUCCUGGUUAUCCGUGCCCACAGAGGUCUCUCUGGCACCAGGCCCUAACGCACACCCCACGACCUUCUUCCACCAAAGUUCUCCCCACCACAGCGCUCGGCUGCAGCCCCUGCGCCCGGGGUCCGCCUGCCUUAUGCGGGAUUUGCCCCCAGACGAGCAUCCGUGCUGUCGCGCAGCGCCGUCGGGCCCCUCGAGGUCUUCGCCUCGCACGGGCACCUCAACUUUCGGACGGGGUCUGCCAGCACAGACGGCAGCGCUGAGCGCUCACGCACGCUCGCCCCGCUGGGGCUGCCCGCCGCUGGGGCACGGCCGGUAACGGCGUCCCGCACCGCCGCCGCCGACGCACCGCCACCACCCGGCGCCCUCGGCCUCCGCGCCGCUUCCCCUCGCCCGGAGCCGCCCUGCCGAGGGGCGGUGCGCCGGGCGGUGGAGGGGAGGGCCGCGCGGGCCGGGCCGAGGGGCGGCGGCAGCCAGUCAGCGCGGCGGGGGCGGCAGGGCGGGGUUUCCCGGCCAGGUGCUCGGCCGCUGGGCCGGGGGUGCCGGCGGCGCGGAGCCUCGCGGGGCCGGCAUGGUGCGGCAGGAGGGCGGCGGGGCGCCGGAGCCUCGCGGGGCCGGGCGCGGGGCAGAGGUUGCCGCCGUGGUUGCCGCCGAGGUGCGGUUGUCCUGGCGGCGCUGGGUCGUGGUGCUGCUCUUCAGCAGCUACUCCCUGUGCAACGCCUUCCAGUGGAUCCAGUACGGCAGCAUCAACAACGUCUUCGUGCGCUUCUAUGGCGUGAGCACCUUUGCCAUCGACUGGCUGUCCAUGAGCUACAUGCUCGCCUACAUCCCGCUGCUCUUCCCCGUGGCCUGGCUGCUGGACAAGAAGGGGCUGCGCCUCAUUGCCCUGCUGGGCUCGGCCCUCAACGCGCUGGGCUCCUGGGUGAAGCUGGGCAGCCUGCGGCCGCAGCUCUUCCCUGUCACCGUGCUGGGGCAGGUGGUCUGCUCCCUGGCGCAGGUCUUUAUCCUGGGCAUGCCCUCGCGCAUCGCCUCUGUCUGGUUCAGCUCCCGCGAGGUGUCCACGGCCUGCUCCAUUGCCGUCUUCGGGAACCAGCUCGGCAUUGCUCUUGGCUUUCUGAUCCCUCCUGUGCUCGUUCCCAAUGUGGAAGAUGUGGAGAAGCUGGCUUACCACAUAAGCAUCAUGUUCUUCAUGACAGCAGGCGUGGCAACAGCCCUCUUCAUCCUGGUCAUCAUAGUCUUCAAAGAGAAACCUCCAUAUCCUCCCAGCCGAGCUCAGGCCCUGAUCCAGUCACGACCAACAGAGGAAUAUUCCUAUGUGCAAUCAAUCCUUCGCCUGCUUCGCAAUGCCAACUUUGUGCUGCUUAUGGUCACUUAUGGUCUGAAUACAGGUUGCUUCUACUCCCUGUCCACUCUGCUGAACCGCAUGGUCGUCCAUCACUACCCAAAGGAGGAGGUGAAUGCUGGCAGGAUUGGACUCACCAUUGUACUGUCAGGCAUGGCUGGUGCUCUAAUCUCUGGUCUCUGGUUGGACAGAACCAAAACCUACAAACAGACAACACUAGUGGUCUAUAUCAUGUCUCUGGUGGGGAUGAUAGUCUACACUUUCACUCUGAACCUAGGCCACCUCUGGGUGGUCUUUGUGACUGCAGGCGUUCUGGGAUUUUUCAUGACAGGGUACCUUCCCUUGGGCUUUGAAUUUGCUGCAGAGUUGACAUACCCAGAAUCAGAAGGAACAUCAUCAGGGCUCCUUAAUGUCUCAGCACAGAUCUUCGGUAUUGCCUUCACCAUCAGCCAAGGGCAGAUCAUAGAUCACUUUGGGACAAAGGCAGGAAACCUCUUUCUUUGUUCCUUCCUGUUCCUGGGGUCCAUUAUGACAGCAUUCAUUAGGGCUGAUCUCCGAAGACAGCAGGCAAAUGUGGAAAAUGAACACACAAAAGUGAUGCCAGAAGCUUGCAUUGUUCCCAUAGUCCUUGAGGAGUCAAAGCUGUGAAAAAGAAGGGUGGCAGAGCUGGGAGAUGCGGGACACCACCCUGCCCUCAUUCUCACCUUUGCUAGCUACACCAUCCUGUUACAUGUGAAUUCUGGCAGAGGGGCGACUGGGAACUGCUUGUAGAGCAUGACAGAGUGAAACAAGAAGGGAUUUGCUCCCUUCAGUUAUACCUCUGAACCUUGCUGUUCUGGAGUCUGUGCUGAGUGAUAGGAAAAGUUGAGAAAAGUCACUGCUCCCCUUCACUCCAUGUAUGCUCAGAAGAAAAGCACACGUUUUCAGAAAAGCCCCAGUUCCAGGCGAGUCCUGAGCAGGUGAGGGUGGCACCUUGCAUGUGGUCUGUGCCUCCUCUCCCAGGGAAGCAAUGACACAGAAUGCCAGUGCUGGACUGUGAGCAGCCCUGGGAGAGCUGUGACCUGGCUCUCAGGAAGGGAGAUUGCACCGAGUGUCUGUGAUGCCCUCCAUCUUGCACAGGUGAUGGUAGGGGCUUCAGCACAACACCAGCCAAUCAGUGCAAAGCAGUGCAACUGCCAGUGCCAUUUUUUUAUACAUGGCUGUAGAUAAAGAUUCACCUAGAAUUCACUUGGGUUGCUUUAAUGUUCCUAUAUACUAGGAAUAAAUGAGAGAGACCAGUAGAUCUCCUACUAGAGGCAAGGGUUAGUGUUGUGGCUACAGCCUGAGCCCAUAUCAGCACUGGGCUAGCAGCAGGAGUGACUCAAAGCACAAGCUCUCAAGGCUGAAGAUCAUAUCUUCCUCCUUAAUGAUGAAGUGCCUUUUGCAACUUUUAACACUACACAAAAGCCUUUGUGGAAUAUCAGAUGACCUGUCAGGGCAAUAUUGCCCUGUGCUGCUAUGCCGAGGUGUUUUCAGCACAGUGGGGACGAUGAUUUGCUCUAGUAUAGAGGCUUCCACUUUAUACUGGAAGCCUUCUUAAACACCAGCAUAUGAGACAGAACUGUGGGUAUCUCCCAGUCACAAACAUAGACCCCCAAACCCUUUUCCUUCCUUUCCAGCAUCCGUCCCUUGGUGGAGACAUCAAGUGUCCUUAUGCCAAUAUUAUACAGUUGCACACAUACUUCCUACUGGAAAAAAAAAACACAAAUGCAGACUGGAUGAAAAUAUAUUAAAAAAUUUCCUUUUUUUGAUAGUUUGGGAUUGAGGAUGUGGUCUAAAAUGGCUUUUAAAUAUAACUUUUAUAUGAAAUAAAAACAUUUCAAGUACAA